UGAAAAACCGGUCGGACUGUAUGUGCAGUUAGCGCUCGCUUCCCGCCAUUAAGAUACAGUAGCUGCCAGGGCGCAUUUGUUGUACAAGAAAGGGCCGCGGGGUGGCGCCUUAACUUUAGAGUCGCUAGCACACGGUGGCACGAGGCUGAGUAGUUAAUGUAAACGUAGGACUGAUGCACUACAGCUGCGUGCGUUCUGUCCGCACGGUGACGGGGGAACUUGCGCCGGUGGACACCGAGGGACACAGGGAGACGCGCGCCCGCGACACGGCGGCUUCUUCUGCCAUCCUGAUCCCAGAAGCCCUGCUCUGCACGCAGUCCGGAGUCCGUGUGAAAAUGGCCUGACGAGAGAUGAUUGCAGAGCCCACAGCAGCUUGGCCCUUAGUGCUUAAAGAGAACUCGACCGUGGAUGUUGCUGCCUCGGCCUCAGGUGGAGCGAGGAAUGAAAACAGGCAGAAGAGUGUGAGGGGGAAGAGAAGAGCACGGGAGGGCUCCGAGAAUGCCAAGCGCAGGCACUCUGAACCUAGCCUGGAUAGUCUGGGCCAGCCGGAGCGCCACCACCUCAAGUAUGGAGAUGUUGAGGCUGUCACCCUCUUUGAGGUUGUCACCAUGGGAAAAAGUGCCAUGCAGGCUGUGGUGGAUGACUGGAUUGAGGCCUAUCGGGCAGACAGAGAAACUGCCCUGCUGGACCUCAUCAGCUUCUUCAUCCAGUGCUCUGGGUGCAAAGGUGUGGUCACAGCCGAGAUGUUCCAGUACAAACAGGACAGCGAUAUUUUGAGCAAGAUGGUGGAGGAGCUUGAUGAGGGGUCUGGGUUACAGUACAAAAAGUUCCUCGCCUUUCCUUGGAUCCUGACUGUCACAUGGCCGAUGGACAUGGACAGUGGGGAGUACCCGCUCAUCAUGCCCGGGCCCUACUGGAAGAGGUUCCGCUCCAACUUCUGUGAGUUCUUGUCCGUGCUGGUGGCCCAGUGUCAGUACAGUGUCAUCUUUGACAGCUACCUGAUGGACACGCUCAUAUCCCUGCUCACUGAACUGUCUGACUCCAGAGUGCGGGCAUUCAGACACACCUGUACCCUUGCAGCCAUGAAGCUCCUCAGUGCCUUGGUGGGCGUGGCCUUGAGCCUCAGUGUUAGCCUGGACAACAGUCAAAGGCUGUACGAGGUAGAGCGAGUGAAGGCUUCCUGCAGGAGAAGUGGCCUCAGGGUGGACCGGAUCCAGCGCAAGAUUGAUGAGCUGCAAGACAAGAGGCUUGAAAUAGAAAAUAUGAUGGAUGCGAUCUUCAAAGGAGUCUUUUUGAAGCGGUAUCGAGACGUGGUUCCCGACAUCAGGGCUAUUUGCAUGGAGGAGCUGGGCAUCUGGAUGAGGCUCUACAGCAGCAUGUUCUUGAACGACAGCUACUUGAAGUAUGUGGGGUGGAUGCUGCACGACAAGCAACCUGAUGUCCGCUUGAAGUGUGUCCAGGGUCUGCAGGCCUUGUAUGGAGAUGCCUUUCUGGUGUCCAAACUGGACCUUUUCACCAGCCGCUUUAAGGAGAGAAUGCUGUCCAUGGCUCUUGACAAGGACCAUGAGGUGGCAGUGCAGGCCGUGAGAUUGCUUAUGAUUAUCUCCGAGUCCUGUGAAGAUGUGUUGAGUGCAGAGGACUGUAACAACCUCUACCAGCUGGUGUUCUCCUCCCACCGGCCCCUGGCUUCCAUCGCAGGGGAGUUUCUGUACACAAAGCUGCUCAGUGAUCCUGCUCAGGCAGAUGGUGCUCAGCAGGAUGGACAGGAGGAUCUGAUGGCUGCCAGGGUUCGGACCCUCAUCCAGUUCUUUAGAGAGAGUGAGCUCCACGAUCACGUGGUGUACCUGGUGGAUAGCCUGUGGGACUCAGCUGGCGCCCUGUUGAAGAACUGGACGGCUCUCACCUCGCUGCUCUUUCAGGAUGCAGGUCUGAGCAGUGAUCAGCAGGGCUUGCUGAUUGAGAUCAUGCUGGCGUGCGUGAGACAGGCGGCCGAGGGGCCCCCAGCGGCUGGAAGAGGGACGACCAAGAAGGUGGUCAGUGCCAAGGAGCGGAAGGCCCAGCUAGACGACUGCGUGAGACUGACACAGCACUUUGUUGCAGUUCUUCCUGAGCUGCUGUCCAAGUUCUCAGAGGAUGCAGAGAAGGUGUCCUGUUUGCUUAAAAUACCUCAGUACUUCCACGCAGAGGCCAGUAGUGUUGGGUUUCCGGAAAAGCACCUAGAGGCCCUGCUGGCUCAGAUGGACGCCACCAUAGAGAGGCACACGGACGCAGCAGUGUUGGAAGCGGGUGCUCGCACAUUCCAGGUGCUCUGCUGUGAGGAUGUCCCUUGGCACAAUAUGGCACAAGGUGCCAGAGACCAGCUAGUGCAGCGCUGGGUAGCGAGGCUGAGCACGCUGCUGGGAGAUGUGCGCAACACAGAUGGGACAUUUAGUGCUGAUGAUGAGGUGUUAAAAGAAAUUCUGUCUACGCUGAAGAGAGUCGCCACAUUCCACAAUGCCCAGGAUCUCUCCAGGUGGGGGAUCUAUGACAUGGCCUCGCAGCUCCUUAGCGCUGAGACCCAGCAUGGUGGACUUCCCCCUCAGGUUACGGUGCAGGCCCUACAGUGUGCGUGCUAUGCUGUUCUCUGGAAUCUGAACACGUGUACAGAAGUGCGCCUCACCAGGGAGGAGGCCCUCGUCCAGAGGGGCCAGCUUCGGGGCUUCUGCGAGCGCUGCCAUCGCUUCCUGUCCCACACACACGCCGUGGUGAGGGAGCAGGCCUUCCUGUCCCUGUGCGACCUCCUCACGGCUCACAGCUACCAGCUGCAGGCCUGGGAUCCCGCUGCUGGAGCCCCCCUCCUCUACAGUCCGGACCCCAGGUUACAGAGGGCUUUGGUGGCCUUCGUCCUGGAGCAUGUCUUCACUGGGACUGAGCAUGAUGGUCAGAGCAAGGCCAGCGAAGGCGAGACGGAGGCCGGCCGCCUGGAGGAGCUCCACCGGCGCAGGAACCUGCUGGCAGCAUACUGCAAGCUCAUAGUGCAUGGCGUGCUGGAGAUGAGCAUGGCUGCUGAUGUCUUCAAGUUCUACAUGAAGUACUACAACGAUUUUGGUGACAUUAUCAAAGAGAUGUUAAGCCGAACCAGGCAGAUGGACAAAAUAGAGAGCGCUAGGACGCUGGUCCUCUGUCUGCAGCAGCUGUUCCUCCGACUGAAGCAGGAGCAGGAACGUGGAACGGCCUGCAGCUCCGCCGUCCAGACCUUCAGUAGCAUCAAGGAGUUGGCGAGACGCUUCUCGCUUACCUUUGGCUGGGACCAGAUCAAGUCGCGUGAGUCCCUGGCCAUGAUCCACAGGGACGGCAUCGAGUUUGUGUUCCAGGGCUUCGUCCAGCAAGCAGAGAGACACGCUCCGCCCAACAUCUCGUACCUCACCAUAUUAAGCGAGUUCUCCAGCAAGCUGCUGAAGCCGGACAAGAAGACCAUAUACGCGUACCUACAGAAGUUUGCGGGAGAGCAGGUCGCAGGCUCUGGCACUCGCGAGGAGUGCUGGCUGCCGCUGGUGCUCUACCGGUCCUCCUUGCUGGCUACGGCCGACUGCGAGGACGGCGCCUCCCACGUCAGCUGUGACACGUUGCGGCACGGCUCCCUGGGCCACCCGUCGCGCUCACCCUCACUCUCCCUCAAGCAGAGCAUCUGUGAUGGAGAGGCUCAGGGUCCCUCUGUGCUGCCGGCUAAGACCCCAGAGCAGAAGAGCUCUACCGGGCUCCUCUGCACGGAGAGCAAGGCAAAGCGGACCCUCAGACUGGACAUGGGCCCAGACGAGAGGCUUGAACCGGAGCCUCCUCCAGCCGUCCGAGUGCCGGAGCCAGUGCUGGUCCCCUCACUGAGACAACUGAGCGCCACCGACGAGGACGUGGACAUAAUGGACAUUAGUCCCUAGUGCGGCUCUUUGCUCAUCAGCUG